AUACACUUUAAACUUUUUUUUGGUAACUAUAGACUCAAAGCCAUCACGCCCUCUCUCUCUCUUGAUCUCCCAUGGCCUCCUCCAAAGCCAAUCCACCACCGCCACCCCUUCCCAUCUACUACACUCCCUUGCCAACCCAACCCGAUGCCCCGAGCUACAUCCUUUUGCCCCUCCACCGCCCCGGAACCGCUUCCCCGCGGCGGUUCCGUACAAUUUGUGCCGCGUCACUAGUUCUUGUGGCCGCAGUCGGCUACAUACUUUACCCAUCCGAGCCGGACCUCGAUGUUGUGCGGCUCCGACUGAACCGGGUCCAUUUCCGCACCGUCCCGCAGUUGCUCGUCGACAUAUCCCUGCUCCUCACUGUCAAAGUCGGCAACGCGGACGUCUACUCCAUGGACUAUAGCAAGCUCGACGUGGCGGUCGGGUACCGGGGAAAGAUGCUGGGGCACGUGAAGUCGGACCACGGCCACGUGAGGGCGCUCGGGUCAUCCUACGUGGACGCCGAGCUUGAGUUCGAAGGGGUCGAGGUGUUCAGCGACGUGGUGUUCUUGCUCGAGGACUUGGCCAAGGGCACGGUUCCACUCGACACGGUUACGACGGUCGAAGGGCGAGUCGGGUUGCUCUUCUUUGGCUUCCCUUUGAAAGCCAAAGUAUCGUGCGAGGUCUCAGUGAACAUCAAGAACCAAACCAUUGUGCGCCAAAACUGUUACCCUGAGUGAUGGAUUUGCAUGGCCAUGAUGAGUCAGAAUCAGAACGGCCCUGUAUUAUAUUGAGCUUCAGUAUGUACUUAUACUUCGCGAACAGCUUGUGUCCGCAAUAUAUGUAGCGGGCGAAUGAACCAUGUGCGUACGAAGCUCGUUAGC